CACUCUUCUAAACCGUUAUUGUCGAUUUGUCGGCAUUUCUCUGCUUGCGUUGGAAGCACUCGAGCCCCGUCAUUACAUUUUAUUCCCUUAUAUAUGGUUUAUUAUCAGUUAGUGCGUUUCCCGAGGUGAUACAGUGCGAUAGACGAUCAUCAUGGGUAUCAAGUUCCUUGAAGUAAUAAAACCCUUCUGUAGUAUCCUACCAGAAAUAGUCAAACCUGAAAGAAAAAUCCAAUUCAGGGAAAAAGUACUAUGGACGGCUAUCACACUAUUUAUCUUUUUAGUUUGUUGUCAAAUUCCUCUGUUCGGAAUUAUGAGUUCAGACUCUGCGGAUCCAUUUUACUGGAUUCGUGUUAUUCUGGCCUCAAAUAGAGGAACAUUGAUGGAGUUGGGUAUAUCGCCAAUUGUCACUUCCGGCUUAAUUAUGCAGCUACUGGCUGGCGCAAAGAUUAUUGAAGUAGGUGACACAGCAAAAGACAGAGCUUUGUUCAACGGUGCUCAAAAAUUAUUUGGAAUGGUGAUUACGGUGGGUCAAGCCAUUGUCUACGUCAUGACUGGAAUGUACGGAGAUCCGAGUGAAAUCGGAGCUGGCGUCUGUCUGCUGAUCAUUAUUCAGCUGUUCGUUGCUGGUCUCAUUGUGCUGCUUCUUGAUGAAUUGCUUCAGAAAGGAUAUGGUCUCGGCUCAGGAAUUUCACUUUUCAUAGCUACAAAUAUCUGUGAAACCAUUGUCUGGAAAGCAUUCAGCCCUGCCACUGUUAACACAGGAAGAGGAACAGAAUUUGAAGGUGCAGUCAUUGCAUUGUUCCAUCUUUUGGCAACCAGACAAGACAAAGUCCGUGCUCUACGUGAGGCUUUCUACAGACAAAAUCUCCCUAAUUUAAUGAAUCUAUUAGCAACUGUGUUAGUUUUUGCUAUCGUCAUAUACUUCCAGGGCUUCAGAGUAGAUCUACCGAUCAAGUCAGCUCGCAACAGAGGUCAGCACAGCAGUUAUCCUAUCAAAUUAUUCUACACUUCCAACAUUCCCAUUAUUUUGCAGUCUGCCUUAGUAUCGAAUCUCUACGUUAUAUCUCAGAUGUUAGCAGUCAAGUUCCAUGGCAACAUGUUUGUAAAUCUUCUCGGAGUUUGGGCUGAUGUUGGUGGUGGUGGCCCCGCUCGUGCCUACCCAGUCGGUGGGCUCUGUUACUAUCUUUCACCACCAGAGAACCUUGGCCACAUAAUCGAAGAUCCAAUUCACGCUGUAUUGUACAUCGUCUUCAUGUUGGGUUCUUGCGCGUUCUUCUCCAAAACAUGGAUCGAAGUGUCUGGCUCUUCUGCUAAAGAUGUCGCCAAGCACCUGAAAGACCAGCAGAUGGUGAUGAGAGGUCAUCGAGAAAACUCAAUGAUCCACGAGCUCAACCGGUACAUCCCCACUGCUGCCGCAUUCGGUGGGCUGUGUAUCGGAGCGCUGUCCGUUUUGGCUGAUUUUAUGGGAGCCAUUGGUUCCGGAACUGGUAUCCUCCUAGCUGUCACGAUUAUUUACCAGUACUUUGAAAUCUUCGUCAAAGAACAGAGUGAGAUGGGAGGUAUGAGCACGCUCCUGUUUUAGGUUAAAUAGCCAAUUGAAUUUUCUUGUUUUUAGAUGACAUCCAGUUAUUUUUGAACUUGUUUUAAAUGUGAAUUUGUUAAUUUUUGAGAAGUAAAAUUGGAAGCCUCGCUCAAUCUCCAACGAAUAAUACUUAAUUUUGCAGGGGCGCAGUUGAUUCUUACGCUCCCACUAAGAAUCUUCUGUUUUUCUUUUCUUUAACAUGACCUCAUUUACCCCUUGUCGUUGUCGUAAGCGUGGACCAGGUGGGUCAAGAAAUAUUUCUCUGUGAGAAGAUUUCUGUUUCUAGGAUUUUUUAUUUUCAAUUGCAUUUGUCUUUUCUUUAUUAUUUUUUAUCUUUAUCUGUUGGAUCAUGAGGUAGACGCAUUGAAUCUUUUUUUGAUUCAUUAAGAUCUUUUCCUUUCAAUUACAUAUUCAAAACUUCAAAUUGAAGUUUUGAUAAAUGUGUAAAAGCAUAGAACAUUUCCAUAUUAAAAGAAUCCCUUAUUCUCAUCCGUAAACCUCACACUAUCUUUCAAAAUGAGAGAAUAGAAUAUUCUCGUCGAAUAUAUGUUCUUGUCUCCCAAUUUCUCUCUCAACGUCAAAAAAUCUGCACAUCAAAACCUUGUCUAUUUUUCACUUAGAAUUUUUCAUGAUGGAGCGAUUUCACCUUGUCUCAAUCAUAAUCUUCGCCACAAUACAAUGUCUGGAGCUUUAAAUCCCAACUCUUACCUUACUUCCAUCUUUCAUUAUUUUUGUCAAUUUGUGACUUACUUCACGUUGAUGCGAAUCUUCAUCAGUGAAAUAUUGAUGGUCUAAAAUUCAUUUAUUGUUAUUAACUUAUUGUGUUAUCUUUUAUCAUUUUGUUUUCUCAUUUGCUGUGUACCUUGCUCUGUUCAUCAAUGUAUUUUCUCGCAAGCUUCGCUCAUUUACAAAUGUGAAAGGAUAUGAAAAUUUAAGGAUUCUGCAUGAAAGUUUAUGAGAAGGCUCUCUGUUAGUAUUUCAAUUAAGUCAACUCUAAAGGAGGUGAAAUAUUUCUUAAUUUUAGCUUAAUUCCUGCCUCCUCUCAAUCGUGAAAUUGAGUAGUGAUUAUUCAAAAUUCGAUUCAUUUAAAAAAUUUAGAUCAGGCUGAAGAAUCGUGCACUUUCCAAAGAUUUUUUAUCAAUCAAUCAAUCAAUUAUACAUUUCAACAGACCAUUAUAUUUUCCUACGUCUGUCUUCUGGAAAAAAGCGUCCAUUUCGUAAGUUAGAAAAAGUACUCAGGUAGUUAGACUUGAUUUUUUUGCCUCAUGAAUCCAUAAGUUUUAAGUAAACUUAGGCAUUUGUAAAUAUCAGUGAAAUCAAUACAAAUAUUUGUUUGAUACAUGUUUUGUGUUUUUUCUAUAUUUUCUAUUUUUGAUUUCUAGCUCCAAAUGUUCAUAAGUUUCAUAAUUUAACUUAAGUUGUUUCUCAACCAAAGUAGUUUUUCAACAGAAAGGUGAAUUUUCUUUAAUCGAUUGUCGAAUUUAGACACAUUCAUAAUACGCAUCCUGAAUGAAAUUUUGUUCAGAAGGUUUAAAAUUUACAUCAUCAUAGUAAUUUUAAUUAAAAAAGAUUGUACAUUUUAAUCAGUUCGAGUAUGUAUCUCUCCUUGACAUGCACUUGUUACCUUGUUUUAAGUUAGUGUGGAUCAAAUUUUUCUGAAUUUUCAAUCCCUUUUCUUAUCUCUUUUCAUUUUUUCUUAAUUCAUUUUUUUAUUUAUUUUUUUUUUUUCAAUUCAAUAAGUUUCCAUUUUUCUAUCCUUUGCCCGUCAUUUAUUUAUUUUUUAAUACUCGUCAUCCUUCUGUACAUCUUUUGUAAUAUACUUUUUGUAAAAAAAGAGAAAUAUACAAGUAUGCUCAGGCAUACCAAAGAAGCAAA